CCUGGAGUGGCACGCUGGAACUUCCAGAGGCUUGUGGACCUGAAGCAGUGUGAUGUGGUCCAGGUAAUUUUCAAACACACAUAUACACACUUACUCAAUCAAUCACUCACUCUGUUUUAUUGUAUAAUUAUUUUCACUUAAGAAAAUUGUGCCUCUCUCUUUUAGAUCUUACACCUCUAUCAGCUCAACCACAGCCCUCACAGCCGCAGUCGUCUGCCCCCGCACCUGCUACACUGGCCGAGACAAGUGAUACAGGUAAUUGUAAACACACAUGCAUACUUUCCUUCACUAAGGGCUCUAUUCAAUCAGAUAUGUUAUAGCCGACAUCCGCAUAGCGGUUGUUUUGGCGGUGUUAGAGGUGGAACUGCCGUAGAGCUGUCAAAUCCGUAAAGGGAGAAACUUUUGAGGAUUCCCAGAUGGAUACAGGUAAUUCAGAAUUAUAUUACAUACACAUAUGCUCAAAUUAUAUUACAUACGCUCACUCAAUCGCACCAACAGACAUGCACACACAAACAUGUUGUUGAGCUGCAUACUUACUGUCACUUUGUGCAUACACUGUGCAUAUCAAGACUGACAAUGCAGAGAUGGGUGGCUGACAAGGAAAAAUAAAACACAAAAUGAUAUUUCUCUCUGUGUUACACACACACACACACCCAUUAGCGCCAAUGUAAAUAAAUGUUAAUUUUUUGUUUAUUUUAUGUAUGCUCCAUUUUAUUUUAGGAUUGGAGAUAUCUAGGCUUACAUAUCCAUUAUACAUACAGUGAGGGAAAAAAGUAUUUGAUCCCCUGCUGAUUUUGUACAUUUGCCCACUGACAAAGAAAUGAUCAGUCUAUAAUUUUAAUGGUAGGUUUAUUUGAACAGUGAGAGACAGAAUAACAACAACAAAAAUCCAGAAAAACGCAUGUCAAAAAUGUUAUAAAUUGAUUUGUAUUUUAAUGAGGGAAAUAAGUAUUUGACCCCCUCUCAAUCAGAAAGAUUUCUGGCUCCCAAUUGUCUUUUAUACAGGUAACGAGCUGAGAUUAGGAGCACACUCUUAAAGGGAGUGCUCCUAAUCUCAGCUUGUUACCUGUAUAAAAGAAACCUGUCCACAGAAGCAAUCAAUCAAUCAGAUUCCAAACUCUCCAUCAUGGCCAAGACCAAAGAGCUCUCCAAGGAUGUCAGGGACAAGAUUGUAGACCUACACAAGGCUGGAAUGCGCUACAAGACCAUCGCCAAGCAGCUUGGUGAGAAGGUGACAACAGUUGGUGCGAUUAUUCGCAUUUGGAAGAAACACAAAAUAACUGUUAAUCUCCCUCUGCCUGGGGCUCCAUGCAAGAUCUCACCUCGUGGAUUUGCAAUGAUCAUGAGAACGGUGAGGAAUCAGCCCAGAACUACACGGGAGGAUCUUGUCAAUGAUCUCAAGGCAGCUGGGACCAUAGUCACCAAGAAAACAAUUGGUAACACACUACGCCGUGAAGGACUGAAAUCCUGCAGCGCCCGCAAGGUCCCCCUGCUCAAGAAAGCACAUAUACAGGCCCGUCUGAAGUUUGCCAAUGAACAUCUGAAUGAUUCAGAACUGGGUGAAAGUGAUGUGGUCAGAUGAGACGAAAAUCGAGCUCUUUGGCAUCAACUCAACUCACCGUGUUUGGAGGAGAAGGAAUGCUGCCUAUGACCCCAAGAACACCAUCCCCACCGUCAAACAUGGAAGUGGAAACAUUAUGCUUUGGGGGUGUUUUUCUGCUAAGGGGACAGGACAACUUCACCGCAUUAAAGGGUCGAUGGACGGGCCAUGUACCGUCAAAUCUUGGGUGAGAACCUCCUUACCUCAGCCAGGGCAUUGACAAUGGGUCAUGGAUGGGUAUUCCAGCUUGACAAUGACCCAAAACACACAGCCAAGGCAACAAAGGAGUGGCUCAAGAAGAAGUACAUUAAGGUCCUGGAGUGGCCUAGUCAGUCUCCAGACCUUAAUCCCAUAGAAAAUCUGUGGAGGUAGCUGAAGGUUCGAGUUGCCAAACGUUAGCCUCGAAACCUUAAUGACUUGGAGAAGAUCUGCAAAGAGGAGUGGGACAAAAUCCCUCCUGAGAUGUGUGCAAACCUUGUGGCCAACUACAAGAAACAUCUGACCUCUGUGAUUGCCAACAAGGGUUUUGCCACCAAGUACUAAGUCAUGUUUUGCAGAGGGGUCAAAUACUUAUUUCCCUCAUUAAAAUGCAAAUCAAUUUAUAACAUUUUUGACAUGCGUUUUUUCUGGAUUUUUUUGUUGUUAUUCUGUCUCUCACUGUUCAAAUAAACCUAGCAUUAAAAUGAUAGACUGAUCAUGUCUUUGUCAGUGGGCAAACGUACAAAAUCAGCAGGGGAUCAAAUACUUUUUUCCCUCACUGUAUCUACAUAACUAUUAUCUAUCAAAUCAAAAUGUGAUAUAUUGUAUAUUGAUAAUUUUGUAAUACAGUAUUGCUUAAUGUGUACAGUUUAAAAACAUGCCUCUCUUUCACACACACACACACACACAAACACACACACACACACACACACACACACACACACACAUAUAUUAGUAAUAAAUAGUUAUAACUUGUUUAUUUUAUAAAUAGUAAUAACUUAUUUAUUUUACAUAUGCUCCAUUUUAUUUUAGGAUUUUGUGCAAUAAAGUACAUUCACAGUUAAAGCAACGUCUUUGGUUUAUUGGAUAUUUCUCUGAUUAAAAUGAGUGACCAAAAGGAAGUCGGCAGACCUGCAACCCUCUGGGCGUGUGUGCACGUUUUGUCAUCUGGAGCUGAAACGGCCCCAACAGCCCUCACAUACAGUAUGUACAGGGUUCCCAGGAGUGGCAGGCAAAUAUGUUUAUUGUCCUGCAAAAGUAUUUUGUAUGUGCCAAGGCCAUUCCCUAACUACCCAUCCAAAUUGCUCUGGCCAUUCUGACAUUUCUUCUCGACAAUUAAUUUAUGUAGCGAUCGAUAGAGCAGCGGAAUUAAAUUCAGGGUGAGUCGUUAGGUAAUCAAGGCCAAGGAAUAGAGAGAGAGAGAUGACCUAGAGGGAGUUCCAGACCUCAGCCUUUUAUGAAGCAGAAAAGCAGAUGGCUGACAAGGAAAAAUAAAACACAACAUGCACACACACUCCUUCUCUCUUUCACACACACACACACACACACAUAUUUUAGGAUUGGAAAUAUCUAGGCCUACAACUCUCUAGAGUGCAGUUUAAAACAACCAAAAUGUAUCAUCAAUAUUAUCUUUAAUAACUGACAAAAUUCUAUAAUGAAUACAUAUUAGAAUAAUAAUAAUAGAGUGACCAAUAGUUACUGUAUUGUGAUUGUUUAGAGUUUUAAUUUGUCAACAAGUAGUGUCCCAGGGUGGGAUUGAACCGUGUCUCUAAAGCAGAAGAAAAGGUCAAAUAAGGUCACAAAAAAUUCAGUUACGGCUAUACACGUCUGGCUCUUUGGGACCAGCGGCAGGUGCUUACGCCCAUCCACCAUCUCUGUCCACAAGGCUUAAUUGAAAGUAACAGCGCUCACUGUUGCCCCUAGUGGCCGGUUUCCAAGUAAUCUCCCGACAUUCUCAGACAUGGAUGGACGUCGAAUACUGACUUGUAUCAUGGGUGACCUGCCUGGUAAUUGUAGAUGUAUUUAUGUAAAAAAUAGGGACCACAAUGGAAAUAAGUUCCCGACUUUCUUGUGCAAUCCCGUUCACUUACAAAUCGUUGUACUGUGUGUAUAUAUCAGUGGCGAUUUUAGCAUGUAAAUCUUGGUGGGGCAAACAAAACAAAAACAUUGGGGAUGCACAGUCACUAAACAACACAACACUAAACAAUACAUUAGUUGCACUAUAAUGGUGAUAAACUGUGCCCACAAACUGUUAGGGCCUACAUAAAGCUGUCCCAACACAUUACCACUGCUACACCUGGCUCUCAGCGGAGCCUUGUCUGGCAGCGAAACAGUUCAUUCAGCCUAAUUUACUGCCUUUUAAAAAAACAUAGCUGAUAUGGCUGACUUGCUUAAACAAAUAUGGUUUCUACUGACAAUUGAGAUGUACAAACUAUGGCAGAAGGGGACGACAAGCGGAUAAGAGGAUAUCCGUAAUUUCGAUUAAGACAUUAAUGAGUGAGCUAGGACAGACGUAGUCAAUAUAACUAUUUGUUCAGAACUUUUGAAAUGUACAGCGACAGAAUUCAGAACAUGGGCCGUUCUUACAGGGUUCUCCCUGUACAUCAAGUCAGAACCUUGGGAUAAAUAAAGGGGGCAUAUAAGUAGACAAUGAAAGCUCUUACAAUAUUCAAUGAUUACAUUUCUCUAAAACAGGUUAUAGGCUACAUGUGCACCACCAAGUCAGAAUAGUAGGCGAAAUUAAGAGGGGAAUAUAGACCAAAUUAUUAGUGUGAGGCACAUGGGCUACUAACAGCUUACUACACAACAUACACUUAGUAUAACUUUCUUAGUUACAGUAUACAUAUCUCCCUGGCAUAUUACAUCAUUUAUGCAGCAGCGUACAAUACAUUUUUGGAAUCACCUUGUUGUGCUCACUUGAACAGGAAGGUGGUGCGGCAGUCCUUCAUGGUCAAACUUUGUCAUCAAAUUCUGGCAUUCUCUGGAUUUAUGGUGCUUUCAAGACAACUGAUCGAAUCAUGAUGAUGUCACUGAUCUUCAGGUCGUAGCUCUAGAAAGAGGCCAGAGUUCCCGACUUACAAUUCCGAGUUGGAUGACCGUUCAAAACGUAUUUUCCUGGUCGGAGCUCAUUUUUUCCCAUGUUCCCAGUUGUCUUGAACUCCCUGUAGUCAGAUUUCCCAGUUCCGAGUUAACAGUUGUUUUGAGUGUGGCAGAAAUCAUGCUGGAUUGACAGCAUGGCCAAUGUUGACUGUUUAUCAUUUUAAGCUUGGAAAAUAAACCCUUAAAUCCAGAAUUGGGACCACACACCCACUCCACUGAAAAGCAGGCUAGUGAUUGCUUUGCAAUGCUUGCAGUUAGCCACUGAUUCCUUCCAAACCACUCAUUGUUGAAUUUACGAUUUCCAACUUGUUGUGUAAUGUUUAUGUCCAAUGGCCGAUGAGCACCAAUAUGUUUUAUCUAUAAUUAUUUCUCUUCAUAAUUUCUCUUCAUAUGACAAGGAUUAAAAAGGAUUUGCCAGUAGAUUGUCGACUUGAUUCAUGCUGAUGACUGCUAGCUAAGAUUUUGAAAGUAUGAUGUUGACAUGAUCAGUCCAAUCAAAGCUACUGUAGAUAUAACGUGAUUUGACGUCAUUUUAUCUGUGGCCAAUGACCUUGAGCCUUCUUGGAUGGGCACUUCUAAUGUAACUCUAUGGCAGCACCCAAGGGGCUUGACUUUUCGAGCUCUACCCUUAGAUUUUGCAGUGACGUAGUGUCCCAUGAGUGACAGAACACUGAGCCAAUCACGGCACAACUAGAGACCUUCUGGCCCGUAGCCCUGCGUGGCAUGGCCUGUGCCACAAAGCAAGCUAAUGUGGCAAAGUCAAUAUCCACGUUUAUAAACACAGGGUCGCUACAGUUAUUGUUAUUUGUAGUCGUAAACAUUAUUUUGAGUUAAUUCUAUUAGGGGGAGGGUGUGCAGUUUUCUUUUUACAGUACAAGGGGAGGGUUAUGUGAAAAUAUUUGUAACAUUGGGAAGGGUUAGGGUUAGGGUUAGGGUUAGGGUUAGGGUUUUAUGACACCUUGAGUUGGACCCCCCAAGUAAAUGUCGAUCUAUCCCUAACCUUCUCUCUUAUGUAUAUAUACCAAACAUAACAUAUCAUACUUAUUUGAGGGUCCCAGAAUUACGUUUACUAUGUUACGUCUACUCUAUGAGACCAGGCUGUGUGAUUGGGUCUGGUGACUUGUAUGUCUGUAGUUUAAAAAUGAAGUAAUGGCGGAAAUUUGUUCAAGAGGGAUUUAUAAGAAGGCUUUUGAAUGCGCUGACAAUACUUGAUUAUAAAAUGUUUCGUGCAUUGUUACAAUGUUGCAUCACCCAAUCAAGUAGUAAACUUCAAAGUAUCCAUUCCUCCUGAAAUUGAAAUUGCUCAACCAUACUUAAUGCAGCCCCGUUUGCACGCAACCUAUCAGUGCCAUGUGGUGGCACGUGCAUUCCGUAGCAAGAUUGUUUGCGCCUACAGCGUAGCUGACUACAAUGUCUUAAGAACAAGACGGAUUUAUCCAUGGCUAGAAGAUAAACCAUAGCAAAUCAAUUCAACGGGUGACCAUUUAUUUAAAUUUUUGCAAUCUAUAUCGGAAUAAUGAUUGAAAAUCAAUGCUAACAUUUUCAUUCAUAAUAUACACGUUGAUCAUUCGACAACAAAGUCAGCCAACAUUGGAUGUAUGCAGACAGCUGUCCCAGUUAGUUACAGCUAAGCUGCUUCCCAUCUGAUGAUUUGGCAAUAUUAAUGUUUUAUUCUAAACUAAUUUACGAUUGACAGUUGUUUGGAUCAACACGCACAAUCCUAGACAUCGACAGCGCCUCAAUAAAACGGACCACCGGUAUCUUCAUUAAAAUGGCUUCAAUACUAAGUUAUUUCAGUGGUCCUGAGGAGCUGGAUGACGUAAAUCAUGCCAGAGGUUUGAUAAAAGAACUGAAAUUAUUCUACGACUCGCAGCUCCUCACCGACAUUACCAUUCAUGUAGAAUGUGACCAAGCGCCCCUGGAUCAUUGAGUGGGAGAGUCUGGCAAAAGUGGUUGCACUGGCACCACCAUGCAACCGAAACAUUCUUGCUGCUGCCAUCACUUACUUCAAAAGCAUGUUCACAGGUGGUCUCAACGAGAGCACGCAAUAAAAGUGAAAAUACACGGCGUGGACCGCGUCUCCGUUUCUGUAAUAAUCGACUACUGUUAUACCGGUAGGGUGACAAUCACGGAAAGCAAUGCGCAAAGGCUAUACACGGCCGCUAAUAUGCUGCAGCUCGAGUACAUCAGACAAGCUUGCUCAAGCUUUAAGACCAGGAGGCUGGACCUCUCCAACUGCAUGGGGAUUUUAAAGUUUGCAGAUUUAUGGCAAUCC